GACACCCCCGCCCGGGGACCCCGGCGGGAACGAUGCUCGCCUGCCUGGCCCGCGGGAGCCUCCUGGACGUCCUGCAGGAGGGCUUCAACGAGCAACAGCUACAGGCCUACGUGGCCUGGGUGAAUGCACAGCUGAAGAAGAGGCCAUCAGUACAGCCUGUGCAGGAUCUGCGGCAGGAUCUCCGGGAUGGGGUGAUCCUGGCGUAUCUCAUCGAGAUUGUUGCAGGAGAGAAGCUGAGUGGUGUACAGUUGAGUCCCAGUAACCAGCAGGAGAUGAAGAGUAAUGUGGAGAAAGUACUACAGUUUGUGGCCUCCAAGAAGAUUCGUAUGCACCAGACAUCAGCUAAAGAUAUUGUGGAAGGAAACCUGAAGUCCAUCAUGAGGCUGGUUCUUGCCUUGGCAGCUCAUUUUAAACCUGGCUCUAACAGGACCGUGAGCCAUGGACGAGAUUCUAGAAUGUCUCUGCAAAGUCACCAACCACACUGCGCCACUGCUGUGGCCCAGGGAGCAGCUGCUGCUCUGGCCGAUGUGUGCCAUGACAUGUCACGGUCCGGACGGGAUGUCUUUCGAUACAGACAGAGGAACAGCAGCAUGGAUGAGGAGAUCGAGAAUCCAUAUUGGAGCGUGCGGGCGCUGGUGCAGCAGUAUGAAGGACAGCAGAGGUCCCCGUCAGAGUCCAGCUGCUCCAGCCUGACUUCACCCAGUCCAAUUCACAGUGCGAAGAGUGAAUCCAUUAUAACCCAGGCGGAGGAGAAGGCAGAGUUUGUGAUCAUUCCCUCUGAAGGAAUAGAGAACAGAACAGAGGAGACGGGCUCUCCCUUAUGCCGAGACUGGCAGCCAGGGAGCCCUGCUGCCUAUCUGGAAACCUCAUGGGAAGAACAGCUGUUGGAACAACAAGAGCAUUUGGAGAAAGAAAUGGAGGAAGCAAAGAAAAUGAUAUCAGGACUACAGGCCUUACUGCUCAAUGGAUCCUUACCCGAAGAUGAACAGGAGAGGCCAUUGGCGCUUUGUGAGCCAGGAGUCAAUCCAGAGGAGCAGCUGAUUAUAAUCCAGAGCCGUUUGGAUCAGAGUAUGGAGGAGAAUCAGGAUCUAAAGAAAGAACUGCUGAAAUGUAAACAAGAAGCCAGAAAUUUACAGGGGAUAAAGGAUGCCUUGCAGCAGAGAUUGGCUCAGCAGGACACAUCUGUUCUUCAGCUCAAACAAGAACUCCUGAGGGCAAAUAUGGACAGAGAUGAGCUGCAGAACCAGAAUGUGGACCUCCAGAGGAAGCUAGACGAGAGGAACCGACUUUUAGGAGAAUACAAAAAAGAGCUAGGGCAGAAGGAUCGCCUCCUUCAGCAGCACCAGGCCAAGUUGGAAGAAGCACUUCGGAAACUCUCGAAUGCCAGUUACCAGCAGGUGGAUCUAGAACGGGAGCUAGAACACAAAGAUGUCCUUCUGGCUCACUGUAUGAAAAGAGAGCCAGAUGAGGUGACCAGCUACAACAGCCACAACACUCAAAGCAAUGGUUUUCUCCUUCCAGUGGCAGGGAAAGGAGCCUCCUCCAUCGCCCACAGAGGGACCAGUGACCUGCAGCUUGUCCGAGAUGCUCUCUGGAGCCUGCGCAACAGCUUCAGUGGCCAUGACCCUCAGCACCACACAAUUGACAGCUUGGAGCAGGGCAUCUCCAGCCUCAUGGAACGCCUGCAUGUCAUGGAGAUGCAGAAGAAACAAGAAAGAAAGGUUCGUGUCAAAUCACCCAGAACUCAAGCAGGUAAUGAAUACCGGGAGUCCUGGCCCCCUAAUUCAAAGUUGCCUCACUCACAGAGCUCUCCAGCCAUCAGCAGCAUGUGCACUAAAGUGCUCUAUUUCACCGACCGGUCACUUACACCCUUCAUGGUCAAUAUACCAAAGAGGUUGGGAGAGGUAACCCUGAAGGAUUUUAAAGCAGCUAUUGAUCGUGAAGGGAAUCACCGGUAUCAUUUCAAAGCCCUGGAUCCUGAGUUUGGCACCGUCAAAGAGGAGGUUUUCCAUGAUGAUGAUGCCAUUCCCGGAUGGGAAGGGAAAAUUGUAGCCUGGGUAGAGGAAGACCAUGGGGAAAAUUGAUGCUGAGUAUUGGAACCCGGACACUCUCUGCUGCCUUCACUCAGGAAAGGACUAAAACCAGACACACUACGAAGUUUCUAAUUCGUGCUGCCAAAACAGAAGCUUCUGCAAGUGUAACAGUCACAGGCCAGUCCCUUUGUAUGCCCGGCACAUCUGUCCAAAUGUGGAUCAUGGGUUCAUCAGGAGUUCCUGGUCUAUGAGAAGGAACAGAAUUUUGUUCUACUCUGAGGACAACAAACCGAAGGCCUUAACCAGUGGCGAUGAAUGAUCCCACUCCUGGGGGGGCCUGCUGCUGUGUUCUGCAAUCGGGGAACUGAAUGCUUCACUCCCGAGUGUUCUAGUAUUGACCAGCCUUAGUGGUUGCAGCAGUCAAAAGUCCCAGCAUUUGUGCUUACAGACAAGGCAAAGGUACAAACUUAUCUGCUUCUUUGCAGAUACUGCAAACCAGGACUAACUCAGAGAUGGUACCAAGGAUGGAAGCCCACUCUACAUGGAUGGUGCUGAAUCGUCAAUUAGAUGGAAAAGGGCUGCUCCUAUUGUGCUAAACUAUACUAAAACCAUCACUGAGAUGGGCUGACUCUAAUGGUCUUUACUGGUUCUGCAGUUUGUCCUUCAGCCCACAGAGGGCAUAUUUCAUGUACUGCUGAUUUUCUCUGGUGACUCUUCAAUUAUAGAGCCAUUUACUUACCUUCGAACUGACAAACUUGGAGUGAAAGGCUCCUUAAAAAUCCAGGCGGGUAUGGAAAGGUGCUGCUACCCAUAUCUUGUUGACUUUGUCUCAUGACUUUGUUUAACUCAUGGUAUCUCCUUUGCAGUGGAAAGGAGACAGACCAUUAAUUUUAGUGUUUCUUUAUGACUUAUGAAUACUGAGCAUGACUUACUGGUCUGUCCCUCAUUUCAAGACUGGAGUUAAUUUCUAUUAUAUAUUUUAUCUAGGUUGAUCUUUUAGGGCACAGUAAAACCCAUGGGGGCAUGGAGCAUGAGUUGUGAAUGGCAGGGUUGAUUCAGGGUGAAAAAAAGCCUAAAAUCAUUUCUCAUGUGCAACAUAGUCAAAUGUAGAUGCUUAAUGUGUUCAACUCCCAGAGAUUAUUUAGUAACUUGGACUUUUCUCAUUCCUCAACCCAGCAACCACCAGUUAAUCAGUGAAUUUAUACAUACACACGUCAAAGAUACAUAUGUAUUCCUCAAAUCAGUUUGCAACUACCAAUGUACACUGCCUACCAAGAGGGACAGAUCAGUAGAUCAGUUCUUGACCUGUCUCUAGUUUAUUCCUUCCUUUUGGCCAUUUGAACAGACCAUUCUUUGGAACUCUGAAAUCUCAUCUUGUUGUUUCCUAUUGACAUCUUUUAAAAACAGCUCACAUUUGGAGAAUUCUUUUGUACUCAUUUGCUUUUCAUCUGAGAACCAUGUCUAUUUUUAUAACUCAAGGGUGAGUCUUAUAUACUCCCAUAUCCUGUAUACUUGUGUCCAUUUUUCUAGAGAACCCAGUAGCUUUUAUACAGUAUCUUCGUACCACCUCUUGUGGUUUCAGAACAAACUUUAUUUUAUUACCAGAACACUCAUGACAACUAAUUACUUCCCCAAAUAUCUGCCUGCUAUUUAGCUGUGGAGGGAGUUUCACAAAAUCAAGUCGAUGGCUCUUCUAAGAAAGAGAAACUCAAAAAAUGACCUGACUUUUUUUCCAUGUAAGAUUUUUCAUCACAACUAACCGGGAAAGUCAGCCAUAUGCAAGAAUGUUCAUUAGAAAAGCAAACAGAAGAAAACAGUAUAUUUUCAGGGUUUCUUUAGCCCCAAGAAGUCUGGAGAAAAAGUCCUUAUGUUGCCAAUUUCUCCGUUGCAUGAGUUUUUGGUGUUUUUGCUAUAUGACAGCAUGAGUGUUAUCAGGCCAAAAUUUGUUAUUGCAUUUCCAGUACAACUUAUCUUGAAUGUCUGUCUCUGAAAUUCGUUUUUACGUGUCCAUUUUCUUUCAGCAAACUGUCUUACCAUUAUGUGAACUUUGACUUUCUAAAGAAAAUUAAAUCACAGAAAAAUUU